AUGCCUCCCAAGAAGACUCAGAAGCCCGCCCAGGAGAACAUCUCCUUGGGCCCCCAGGUCCGCGAGGGUGAACUCGUCUUCGGCGUCGCCCGUAUCUUCGCCUCCUUCAACGAUACCUUCGUCCACGUCACCGAUCUCACUGGCCGUGAAACCAUCUGCCGAGUCACCGGUGGUAUGAAGGUCAAGGCCGAUCGUGACGAGUCCUCCCCCUACGCUGCCAUGUUGGCUGCCCAGGACGUCGCUGCCCGCUGCAAGGAGCUCGGCAUCACUGCCCUCCACAUUAAGAUCCGAGCCACUGGUGGUACCGGUACCAAGACCCCCGGCCCCGGUGCUCAGUCCGCUCUCCGUGCCCUCGCCCGUGCCGGCAUGAAGAUUGGUCGUAUCGAGGACGUCACCCCCACCCCCUCCGAUUCUACUCGCAGGAAGGGCGGUCGCCGUGGUCGUCGUCUGUGA